GCAUUGCUGCUUGCCAAGUACACCGGGUCUAAAGAAAUUGUUAAGAGGAUUUGUAAGCUCGUGUCAGAGCAUAUUCAUUUAGUAUUAUUGGAUACUACCAUUAGGUUGCAGUAAUGGAGCUGUUUCUCAAGAUUUUGAAUCUAAAUGGAGUAUUUAAGCUGUUAUAGUGUUGGACUUUGCAAAGCUUGUCCUAUUUUUAUGUUUUUUUGUUUAACUUCCUAACGUCUUCGUUCUCAGAGGCUGCAAUUUGGGUUUGAUCUCUGCCCAAGACCACUAUUUAAAUGAAGGGCCUUAAAUGAUUGAAAUUGCAGGAGGAAAGCAUUUUCUCUUCUCUUUAGGCAUACGUUCCGUUGAACUUGCUUCAGCUCUUAAAUUCAGUCAUCUUGACAUGAGCAAAGGCAUCUAUCUCAACAUGUGCAAUUAAUUGCUGCAAGAAACAGCUACAGUACGUUUUGGGGAGGGGGUUAGGUGUUGUGGUUUAGGUGAUGGAAUCAGCAAUAGUCUUGCAUCAUGCAUGGUAUGUUCAUCUUUGUUCCCCUGUCAGCCUCCCUGAUCUUUGGCAAAGAUCUUCAACUUCAGAAAGCCUUGCUUGUGUUCGUUACCGUGUUCUCAUUAAAUUCUUGAACUCACGGUCUGAUGUGGUGUAACUGUUCUAAACCCAACUACCUGCUUGGUUACAGCUGAGCUUGAUAACCUUUGUGUAGGAAAUAGGUCAUGGUGGGUGUCUGGUCUCACAGGCAUUUCCCUCUGAAAGCUGGUUUACUCCAUGUCUUCAACAUUUUCAUUACAGAUUGUUUUGUGGGGUGUGCAUGGGAAGCCUGGUUGGUCUGGUUGUUACGUGUGCCUCUAACCAAGCUCAUGAUCACCUAAAAAGCUAUUUUAAGGCUUAAAAUACUCAUUCUAUAGUGAUGAUUAGGAAUUUGAACUUUCUCCGUAGAGAGAAGCAGAUCUGGAAUUUGAUAGCAUUUUUAACCUUUUAUCUAGUACUGUUCCAUGGUGUGGGUACCUAGAGUUGCAGGCCUGGUGUACUCAGAAUCCCCUCUGAACAGGACAGCUUCCUGGCACGGAGUUUAGCAGUGAUACUUUCCUGUGAGAAACUGGGACAAGUGAGCGUUGCCACGUUGGAGGAAGAGGUCCACAAGGUUGUGUUUGAUUUUGGAAGUUCUCUGAGUGGGUGUGUAUGGGGUUGGCAGGUGUUGUCAGGUAACAUGUAAUAACUCAGUCAGGAAUAAUUUGUGUGUUUGGGGAUGCAGAAGGAAGUAGCAACAAUUGUUGCUGUGUCAGGCAUCAUUUGUUGUUUUGAAUCAGUUAAUUUAGUGAGACUGUCUUGGUGCCAGCUUUUAGGUAAUAACAGCUGCCCAUUUCUCCCAAGUCAUGGUAAAGUAGUUCUUUGAGUGCUUGGGCUGAGGACGGGGAGGCAUGUUGCUUCCAGGGUGGCAAUAAUUCAGAGUGCUUGAGUCUCCAAUGCAGGAGCGAAUUCUGUCAGCAAGUGGGACAUGAACCUAUGCUAUUUUGUCCUUGAAACUGCAAAGCCUAUGGGUAUAUCCUGUCCUGCUCUUGCAGGAGCCUGGGGUUAUGUUGCUACAAUGCUAGUGGGUUAGCCGGGGUUUGGGAAGGAGCUGGGGAAAGGUGUUUUGGGUGAGGGUGAUCCGACUCCAUUUCCUCAGGAUUUCAGUUCAUUCUCUUCAGUACCUGGCUGGCAUUAAGGUGAGUGCAAGCUGUGUCAGCUGGGUGGUGGGCAUUCAUCUUCCACAUGGCAGGACAGCAGUGGGGUUGUCAGCAUGGGAAGUUCCCGUUUGCCUCAUACCCUGUCAUGAAGCCAAGGUGAAGCUGGGAGGAGGGAGAAGCAAAAGAAGCCCUGCUUCCAACCAGAGAAGGGGCUCAGCCUGCCAGCCCUGUCCUCCUGUCCACAUGCCUGGGCAGCACAGUGCUUCUUUCUUCCCUCCCUCUGUUGCUUUUUGUGUCCUGGUAACGUCGCUUAUGUUAGAGACCGUAUAUGUUGGUAACAUGGCUGCAUUUUAGGGUGCAGAAAGCUUCCUGUGGUCCUCUGAGCUGCUCUGAAGGCUGUAGCUCCAGGAGGAAUGAACAAAACUCACCCCCAGGCUGCUGCCGGCCAUGCUGUGCCCACCUGUGCUGCCCACCGAGACGGGCCUGCGUUGUGCUGCUGCUCCUGGCUGCCAUAGCAGCCAUCGUGGGCCUGGCAAUCGCACUGGGACUGCAGCUACGUGCACCGGUGAACCGCCCCUGUGUAGCCACCCAUAACUGGACAGGCUUCUUGUGCAAUGACAGAGUGACCUGCAUCCCAGCCAGCCAGGUCUGUGAUGGAACUGCCAACUGUAGAAAUGGAGAGGAUGAGCAGGAGAAACUCUGUGGUGACCUGCCCCGCAGCCUGCCGGCAUACCUGGUUUUCCACUGCGGUAACCCUGAGCACUGGGUCUAUGCUGACCAGAGGUGUAAUGGGAUGAACGACUGCGGAGACUGCUCCGAUGAGAUGGGGAGCUUGGCUGCCUGCCCUCCCUGCGGCCCAGCGUGGUGGAGCUGCAGCCCUGUUCACUAUGAGUACUGCUCCUGUGUGCCCAGGGCACUGUGCCGCGAUGGUGUGCAGCACUGUGUGAGCUGGUCGGAUGAGUACCUCUGCAGGCCGUGAGGUCUGGGCACCAAGAAGUGUUUGACAUGGCGAGGUGCUUCCUGCACUGUCACUUCCUGCUGUGCCACCACCCUGGAAAUUCUGGCACAAGCAGGCCCAGGUGAGCAGCUGCAAAAGGCCUGCAGCAGAGAUGGGUGCUGUGCUGCUGGCAUCCCGGUGCUGCAGGCCGGGCAUCAGCUGUGGGACACCUCCGUGGGUUCUCCUGAGCACCUCUUGGGGCUCUGAGGGUGCAGAGUGGCAGCUUGGUGCUUAAUGAGCAGCUGUUGGACUGAGAUGUGUUGUAGAGCAGUUAGAAAGUGAAAAAGGAGGGAAACGAAGUCUGUUGCAUCCUUGGAGCUGCGAGCAGAGGAAAACCAAGAGCUGCUGCCAGGCCAUGGGAUGACAUGGGAUCUGCUCAGUUUGCUCCUCUGCCAGUGCCGCAGGACCAGCCAGCUGCCUUCACAGCACCCACGAGAUGUAGGUACAGAUGUGUCAUUGAAAUGUAAGAAAGCUGUGGUCUUUCUCUCUUCUUUUGAAAACCUUGCCUGUGUCUGAAACAUCAAUCCCAGAUCUAGUGUUCCAGGCCCCAAAAAACCACUGGGCACUAUUCUUCCUGCAUGCCAGCUCAUAGAUCUUCAAAAAUAAACCCUGGUUCACUCAUUUCUUCUCUGUCCUGUGAUCUGUAACUCGGCAUCUCUCCAUGACUUGUAUAAAUAGUGAAUGUUUGUUCUAAUUUGUAGCUGGGAUACAGCCAUAGCUCUGAAAGAUCCUUUAAAAAUAGCUGCACUGUGUUCUGACUCAUGCUUUUACCUAGAAUGAAACGGCAGAACUCAGCACAAUGGUACUGUGGAGAUGUUUAGAGCCAUGUUUAAUAACCUGUCCGUUUCCAUGCCACGUAGGACGGCUGGCUUGCUUUCUCUGUGUUGGUACAACAUCACUGCAGUGUGCUCAGCGCUGCAGCUCAAAGAGUGGUUGGAAGUAUCUUAGGUAAAUGUUUCUCACAUUCAGGCUACCACCCUGUCAAAAAAAACAAAAGAGCUGCACAUUUUUGCUAGAAAAAUCACUGGCAUCUAACAUUGCAACGAGGCUGAUUCGGGGUUGGUAAAUCCUGGCUUCUUGUAGUCACUGUGGUUGGGAGGAGGAUGCUGGUCAGGCUGGCCCACGUGGCGCUGCUGGAUUCCCCAGUGCAUGUUUGUCAGUUGGUGCAGCAGCUCCCCUCUUCGGUGGUGGAUUUGUGCCUUAGAGCUCUAAAGUGAGAUGUUGAGGACGGCAGUAAGCGUGCUUGAGUCAUUCUUGGAUAAAAUGUGCACAAGGGUGUGUUGAAAAGGGGAAGUCUGCCAGUCAGCACACAGAGCUAAGGAAAGGGCUAAUUUUAUCAGGGAUGGAGAACACAAGCACAGUGCUUUAAAACACCUCUUUUGAAAAGUGAGGCUAUACUGUAUUGUUUUCCUGAUGCUCCUGUGACCUGGCAGGGUCUCCAUGCCAAGUCACAACGUGCCUGUUUGGUGUGUCAGAGCCCCAGCUCCCAGCUGCUUGACUGAGGUGAGGCGGUGCACACAGUUCUGUGAGGUGAGCAUCUCUUCAUGGUCACAUUAGCAGAUGGUAAUUGUGGAGGGUCUAGCAAAGCAAAAAUAAUCCGUGCUGGCUGAUGCACCAAACUGCAGCUGCAGGAGCAGCGCUGGGCCUGAGCAUCACAGCCUGUCAAGCUGUUUUGCUAAGUCACUGUUUGUGCUGUUACUUGCCUCAGAUGAGGGCUGAUGUCUUCAGUGGACGCUAUAAAUAGUUGUGAGUUUCUGGGAAAAAAUGUAGGGCCUGAAUGUAAGUAUGCUUGUUUGUUUGCAGUCCUUUUUUGAAGAAACUUCAGCACUAAAGGAGCAAAGUGAGAAAGGCUCUUCUCUCAUCUCUCUGCACUCUAGAGGCAAAGUUCCCUUUCUUUGCAUCUUUGCCAUUUCCAGUGAUGCACUGCUUUUGUUGUCACUUACUCUGAUAAAGGCUGUCUAACAGAUCCUCUAACUAAGCACCAGUAGAGGAAACCUGUUAAGUUCUCAGCCUUAAAGGACACAAAGAAGCUCUCAGGCUCAGUUCACAGCCACUGUGUACUUUACUCAGUUUUGAUUUGAUUCCUGUGUGUUUCUGUGACAAACCUGUAGCGUUACAGCUCUACAGCUCUACUCCUGGCUUUGUGCACACUAAUGCAAAAUGAUUCUGAGGAUUAAAAGGAGGGAUACAGGGGACUUCUGUUUGGAUUUCUGCAGUAACUACAUAACCAAGGGGGGCUACUGUCUCUGCUUUGUUCCCUCCCCUGCGGCCUGUGCUUAUCCUGUUUGCUUCCUCCCUUUGUCAGAGCUGUCAAGCACAGCUUCAUGCUUACAGGCUGAGCUUUCUGUACUACCAGCACUAUUAAAGGCCCGCUG